AUGCCCGAAAACGAACAUUAUUCAAAUCCAAUGGCUCCGGCCAAUUAUCGACCACAUGAUGAUGUUGAAACAGGUUCAGGACAUCCAUUAACAAAUGAUGAUUUUCGAAAAUUAUUAAUGACACCAGCUGCACCUGGUUCAACAACAUCACAACGUUAUCAUGGUUCAACAGCAUCGGCUUCUCAACAAAAACCAUCUAGUAGUCAUAAAGGUGAAGGUAGUACUGAAGCAAGUGAUAAACGUAAAAAAAAGAAACAAUAUUAUGCUAAAGUUAUUCGUGAAGAAAAAGCUCGUGAAGAAGAACGAGCCAAAAAAUAUCGUGAUCGUGCACGUGAACGACGAGAUUUAAUCGCAAAUGAAGAUCAAUUAAGUAUGGAUUUAACUAUAAAUCCUAAUCAACAAGCAACAUCAACUGGAAAUUAUAAAUCAGUAGCACCUGAUACUAAAGGAAAUUUUGAUGCUGCUGCAAGAAGAAAACAAUUAAUUGAAGAAUCAAAAUUUUUGGGUGGAGAUUUAGAACAUACACAUUUAGUCAAAGGUUUAGAUUAUGCUUUACUACAAAAAGUACGAGCUGAAAUUGGACAAGACGAUGUUGAUAAUGAUCAAACAACUUUAAAUAAAGAUGAACAUGUUUUUGUCAGACCAUCAACUAAAAUUACACCAAUUGGUUCUGGUACAAAUAUUGAAAAGAAAAAAGUUUUAUCAAACGAAACUACAACUCCUGCUCCUUCAACACCAUUAACACCUGAAGAAGAAGAAGAACAAAGAUUAGGCUUGAAAUCUCCUAUGGCUAAAAAUAUAUUUCGAAUUUUAUUUCGUCCAUCAUCACGUCGUGUCAAUGAAUUAUUUUUACCACAUCGUAUGGCAUAUAUAAUCGAUUUAGAAAAUCUUAAUGGACAACAAGAUGAUGAUAAUGAAAAAAAUACACAUGUACUUGAUGAUAUACCAACAACAUUAAUAAGAUCAAAAGCUGAUUGUCCAAAUGCAGAAACAACAACUACUAUGAGUAAUAAUGAUAUUGUUAUAAAUAAAUUAACUCAAAUUCUUUCAUAUUUACGUCAUUCAAAACGUGAUUUAAAACGUCAAAAAAAGAAAGGUACUGGAAUUUUUACUGGACUCGAAUCCGAAAUAAAUAUUAAACCAACACAUGAUUCAAUAAAUACAAUAACUAAAAAAGCUAAAGAUAUAAGUAUGUAUGAUGAUGUUGGUGAUUAUAUACCGGAUAUUAAACGACGUUCAACAACAAAUGAUCGUGAAAAAUCUCAAUAUGAAAAUGAUAUUAGAAAGAAGGCUUAUUUUCAUAAUGAUUCAAAAUCUAAUGAUCGAAAAUCAAAUAUUGAUGAUAUUGAUCAAAAUAAUACGAAUCGUACUGAAACAGUUAAAAGUUUUAUACGUAAUGUUCAUAAUAAAUAUAAUACAAAAAAUGAUGAGGAACGAACUACUUCAUCAAAUUCAAAUAAAAAAAGUAAAAGUGGUUUUCAAUUAAAAUUUAGUGAUGAUUCAUAUGCUGAAUGUUAUCCUGGAACAAUGGCUGAAGAAGAUGUUAAUAUUGAUUCUGAUGAUGAACCAGAUUUUGAUAAAAUGGAUAUGGGUUCAAAAAAAGGUCCAGUUGGUCGAUGGGAUUUUGAUACAGCAGAAGAAUAUUCAGAUUAUAUGGGUCAAAAAGAAGCAAUGCCAAAAGCAGCAUUUCAGUAUGGUGUUAAAAUGAAUGAUGGACGUAAAACACGACGUGGUGUUGGUCCAAAAGAUGAAAAACAAAAAUUAGAACGUGAAUGGCAACAAAUAUCAAAAAUAAUUGAAAGUAAACGAAAAGGUGAUCCAACUAGUAGUGCUUCACCUGAUCUAUCGGCUAGUAAACGAGCAAAAAUGUCUUAA